AUGACGUGUUUCGAGGACUCUAAAAAGAAGAUGGCAGUGUAUUAUUUAGACAAAGACGCGGCAGAAUGGUGGGAGAGUAGGGAUCACCAAGUAGGACAUCUGGUCACCACUUGGGCGGCAUUCAAAAAAGAAUUUGAAUGCAAGUAUUUCACCUCGGAGUCCAAGCGAAGGCUUCAACGUCAGUUUGCUAACCUAGUACAAGGAGACAAGACAGUUAGAGGAUAUGAAUCUGAGUUCAUGCGACUGCGACGACACGUGCUGCGAGGACCAGAUGAUGAAGAAACCAUGAUAUCUAACUUUAUGUUUGGUCUGAAACCAGAUUUGGAAAAUAGACUGGCAGUCGGGAACUACGAGAGUCUCACCGAGCUAGUGGAAAAGACUGUGAAUGUGGAGAUCGGAUCGGAAGCUGAAAAGGCGGCAAGUAAGAAAUCCAAGCAGCAUCAAGCAGGGAAGUAUGGUGGAAACCAAAGAUCUUUUAAGGGUAAAGAUAAGGAAAAGGAAUCAGAAGGGCCAAGUCGACGAUCUUUGUUCACAGGAAAAUGCUUUGACUGUGGCAAGACAGGCCAUAAGUCCACUACGCCAAUCACUGUCCAUCAUCCUACAACUCCACCUGCAAUCGCACCAGCGCCAAAAAGGCAAGCAAUAGGAGGUGGAGUUUACGCUUUAGAACUAGAGGAUACUAAGCCUCCAGCCCCAUCUAAGGGUCCCAUCACAGGAACUUUACAUGUUGCGGGGCAUCCCACACAUGUAUUGUUCGACUCAGGGGAAACACAUAGCUUUGUGGCCCCUGAGGUAGCUGCCGAGUUUGUGGGUUCAUUUGUGAUUGACAGGGUGGAUGUGGCUGUGAUGACUCCCGGAGACCAAACCCUCCAAGCAAAAGAAUGCCUCAGAAGAGUUCCGUUAGUCAUUUGCGAGAAGAUGUUCUUGGCAGAUUUGUUGGUGGUGCCCUUAAAAGGAUAUGAAGUUAUCUUGGGCAUGGAUUGGUUAUCAGGCUACCGGGCACAAUUAGAUUGUGGAAAAGGUCGUAUUUUGUUCAAGGAGAACGGGCAACGACAAAUAGGGUUUUACGGGAUCAGUCCAAGCAACAACGGAGUUGAAAUUACGGAUAUUGCGGUAGUACAAGAGUUCAAGGAUGUGUUUGAAACGUUGAAAGAGUUACCUCCACCUCAGAGUAACCCUUUCACAAUUAACUUGGAACCUGAAGCGAAGCCGAUAACAAAGGCGCCCUACCACAUGGCACCUGCGGAGUUUGCAAAGUUGAAGAAACAACUUGAAGAUAUAAUGGAGAAAGGUUUCAUAAGACCUAGCUCUUCACCAUGGGGAGCUCCGGUCUUAUUUGUCAAGAAGAAGGAUGGUAGCAUGCGGCUUUGCAUUGAUUAUCGAAGAAUCAACAAUAUCACCAUCAAAGAUAAGUAUCCCCUUCCAAGGAUAGACGAGUUGUUGGAUAAGCUAAGGGGAGGAAGUUGGUUUUCAAAGAUCGACUUGGCGUUGGGCUAUCAUCAGAUUCCAAUUUCAGAAGGUGAUGUCACGAAGACUGCAUUUAGAACUCGUUAUGGACAAUACGAGUUCGUAGUAAUGCUUUUGGUUUUACUAAUGCACCGGCGGCCUUCAUGA